UUCCUUUCUACUUUACAGAAGAUGACAAAAAAUAUCGAUGAAAAUGGUUGAUGGUGCUGGCGUUUUAAAUUUGUUUCAAAGAGAAAGAAAGGUAAAAAAAACAAGACAGAAGGAACUAAAUAAUCAGACCCCAAACAGAAAUAAUAAUUAUGAAAUGGGAGUAUUUCCAAUGAUUAAUGCUUAUAAUAAAGAAGAAGAAGAAAAGAGAGCAAAGCUGAUAAGCCCCUUAAUGAUCAAAACUACAAAAAAAACUAAGAAGUCAAGUAGUACAUCUUCAGAACAACGCCAUACUAAGGAAAGCAACAGUACCAAUGCUAACGAGGCCAAACGCCCCCAAAAUAAUGAGAAAAGAAAUAAAAGUAACACAAAGGAUCACACUUUCUGAGAAUGAUGGUAAUAUUGAAAAAGAUAGCAAAGGUAGCUUACCUGAAAUAAGAAACAGUCCCAGUUCCUAUAAUGAAAAUUCAGAUUCAAAAUCUCAUUAUUCUGAAGCUGAUGAUCUUGAGAUAGGACUUUGUACAAGUACAUGAGAACCCAAAGGAAUGAUCAACGAAUCCAAUGAUUGCUUUUUUAUAGCCUGUCUUCAGUUCUUAUUAUGCAUUCCUGAGUUUGUAGAUUACUUAAAAUCCUGGAAACCUGAUAAUCGAGAAUCUCCAAUAUUGGAGUCAUUAAUAAAAAUAUCAAACGAAAUUGACAACAAAGCAGAUGAAAGCCCAGUCGAUAUCUCUCACUGAAGGAAGUUAUUCAACGAUGAGUUCGAAGAAGGCUACCAGCAUUGUGCGAACCAAUUAAUCUUGGCUCUAUUCGACAAGAUCCAGUUCAGCUGCAACAAUGUUACCAAAGUUUUCCAAUGCUAUGAAGAAAAAGACAGCGAUAAAGUCUGGGAACAGUACCUCUCCGAUAGGGGUUCCAUAGUCGAUAAACUCUUCGUGGGGAUGUAUAAAAGAAGUUUCAAGUGCAAAGAAUGCUUAAUCGAGCAGAUCCAUUAUGACGAGUUCAAGAGCAUUCCUCUUCCUUGCACUAAGGAAUCUGGAAAAUCUAUGCCUGGGGUUAUUAGCAAUAUUGGAGAGGAAGUGGAAGAGAGUACUUUCCUUUGUAAGAAGAAAUGUAAAGGUGAGAGGGAUUGAACUAUAACAGCAACAAUAAUUCAUUACCCUGAGUAUCUUAUUCUGCCUUUUCAGAGACAAGAUUGUUUUACUCAAGAGAAGAUUGAGGAGAAAAUGUAUUUUAAUCAAGAAUUUACAGAAGCUCACCACAAAAUUGAGUACACAUUACAAAGCUUCAUCUUCCACAUGGGGAGCCUUGAUUCUGGCCACUACUUUAGCCUCUGUAAGGUAGGAGAGAGCUGGUACAAGUGUAAUGAUGAGAGAGUUACUAAGGUUGACCCUGAAAACUUAGAAGGUUACAAAGACAACGCUUAUAUUUUGAUAUACAAGAAGAAAGCUAAUUAA